UUCUUCUUGCAGCUGCCUCCAGAGCCUCAGUGAAGGUGAUGUUGCAAGGGCUCGGAUCUCCUCCUGAUGCCUUACCCAACAUGGUGUUUAGGAGAGUGCUGUGACACAGCAGGGCACAGCAGCCUCUUCAGGCAUUUCUUCUAAUUUCUGCAAUCCCCUGAAGUUGUGCUGUGAGGGCGUGUGGGAGAGCAGGGCUUGAAGGCUGCUGAGGAACACACGAUUUGAAUCAUUUAAGCAUUAAAAUAGUAAUACCCAUGGAAGAGCCACAAGACUUACCUGAACAACCAGUGAAAAAAGCCAAGAUGCAGGAAUCCAGAGAACAGAACCUGAGUCAUGUGAGCAACACAGAAGUCAGCGAUCAGAAAACUGAAUCUUCAAACCUUGGUUCAAACCUUCCCAUGUCCAGUGAGAUUAUGACAUGCACUGAUUAUAUCCCAAGGUCAUCAAAUGAUUAUACCUCACAAAUGUAUUCUGCAAAGCCAUAUGCACAUAUCCUUUCUGUACCAGUAUCGGAAACAAUGAGCCCUUACCCUGGUCAGCCUCAGUACCAAGCACUACAGCAGUCCCAGCCCUACACCAUCUACCCCCAGACCACCCAGACCUACGGACUACCUCCUUUCGGUGCACUGUGGCCAGGUAUGAAACCUGAAAGUGGUUUAAUUCAGACUCCAUCUACAAGUCAGCACAGUGUUCUUACCUGCACUACAGGGUUAACCACAAGCCAGCCCAGCCCAGCACAUUAUUCUUAUUCCAUUGAAGCAUCAACUACCAAUGCCAGUCCAGUCUCUACAUCCUCAACUGUUGUCAAUAUUUCCACAUCAGCAGUAGCCAGCAUCUCACAGGAAUAUCCUACGUACACGAUCCUCGGCCAGAGUCAGUACCAGAGCUGUUACCCGAGCUCAGGCUUCGGCGUGGUGCCACCAGCAGACAGCAGCACGGAGAGCUUGGCAUUAGCCACCACCACAUACCCAGAGGAGAAACCAAAUGCCCUGGUGCUGGCACGGGCGGUGCAGAGACCUUCCUCUGGAGAUGCAUCCACAAGUCCUUUGCUACCAAGAGCAACAGCUAGUAAAGAGUUAGAUGAGCAAGCAAGAAAAAACAUCCCUGGAAAGAACAGAGGGAAGAGGAAAGCAGAUACCUCCUCCUCACAGGACAGUGAACUGGAGCGGGUGUUUCUCUGGGACCUGGAUGAGACCAUCAUCAUCUUUCACUCUCUUCUCACAGGGUCUUAUGCUCAAAAAUAUGGCAAGGAUCCAACUCUAGUGAUUGGCUCAGGUCUGUCCAUGGAGGAGAUGAUUUUUGAAGUUGCUGAUACUCACUUGUUUUUCAAUGACUUGGAGGAGUGUGACCAGGUACACAUAGAAGAUGUGGCAUCUGAUGACAAUGGCCAAGAUCUAAGCAACUACAACUUCUCCACGGAUGGGUUCAGUGGCUCGGGAAGCAAUGCAAACCACAGCUCCUCGGUGGGUGUGCAAGGAGUGGACUGGAUGAGGAAGUUGGCCUUCCGCUACCGCAGGGUACGCGAGAUCUACAACAAAUACAAAACUAACGUUGGAGGCCUGCUUAGCCCACAGAAGAGGGAAGCUCUGCAGCGACUGAGGACCGACAUAGAAGUGCUGACAGAUUCCUGGCUGGAAACUGCAUUAAAAUCCCUGCUGCUCAUCCAGUCCAGAAAAAACUGUGAGAACAUCCUGAUCACAACCACCCAACUGAUGCCAGCUCUUGCCAAAGUUCUUCUGUAUGGAUUGGGCGAGGUGUUUCCCAUUGAAAAUAUUUAUAGUGCUACAAAAAUAGGUAAAGAGAGCUGCUUUGAGAGGAUCGUGUCACGGUUUGGAAAGAAGGUCACUUACGUGGUGAUUGGAGAUGGGCGUGAUGAGGAGGUCGCAGCCAAGCAGCACAACAUGCCCUUCUGGAGGAUCACAAAUCACGCUGACCUCGUGUCCCUUCACCAAGCCCUUGAGUUAGACUUCCUGUAAGAAGCUGGAGCAAAGACGUGACUGCAGCUCCCACAGGCCCUCUCCAUCACUGGGGGGCAGAAAUCUCACAUGUCUGGGGAGUCACUUUUCAGCUUGAUGAAGAAAACAUACCUAAUGCAAACUGUACAGUGGAGUAUGAUAGCAGGUUGUUCCUUGGGAGCACGGGCCCUGCCAAGUCCAGAGGUGUCCUGUAAAGAAGCCCUAGACUCAGAAGUGCUAGAGCUUGUCUGCAGAAGGGACUUACAGAGCCAGCUGAAUGCCUCUGGCAGGUGUCUCCAGAGGGAGGGGCCAUAAAACAGCAGAUUUAUUUUUAAGAGCCUUCUCCUUUCUAUUCAGCUUAGUUGUAGAACCCAAGUAAACACAAAACUUUAUUUUUAUAGGAAAAUGCUGAUGGCAGAGCUUAAACCUCCCUUGUUUUGCAAAGCCGAAGAGCUAUGGUUUUUUUCAUAGGAAAUAUUAAUGAAAAUGUCAAAAAUACCUCUAUUGCUGUAAAAUGUGUCCUCUCUCCUUCCCUGGGUGUUCAAAACAAGUUAUUUAUUACAAUGUC